CGUCAAUAAUAAGUCAACGCAAGCAACAGUGUAGCGCAGCCCACUUUAUCCCUGUUAUAAUCUUUUUAAAAUAAAAAUACAACAAUGUCUUCGGAUUUUGAAGCGUACGAACAGGAUUUCGGCACCCUCACGGCCGAAAUAACCAACAAAAUUGGAAGAAUACCCAAAUUAGCCGGUGAGGAGAAGACACAGCUGGUUCUAAAUGUCGACAAACAGCUUGAAGAAGUCAGAGAGUUGCUGGAGCAAAUGGAUCUGGAAGUUCGAGAGAUCCCUAUCCAGAGCAGAGGCAUGUACAACAGCCGUCUGAAGAGCUACAAGCAAGAGAUGGAGAAACUUGAGAAAGAUUUUAAAAGGUCACGUAUUGCCUACAGUGAUGAGGUGCGCAACGAGCUCCUGGGGGAAGAUGGGAGCUCCUCGGAGAGUCAGAGAGCACAUCUGUUGGACAACACAGAGAGGCUGGAAAGGUCAUCUCGGAGGCUGGAAGCUGGCUACCAGAUAGCUGUGGAAACGGAGCAAGUAGGACAGGAGAUCCUCGCCAACCUGCACAGCGACCGUGAGAAGAUCCAGAUGUCCCGAGAUCGACUGAGAGAGACGGAUGCUAACCUGGGCAAGAGCUCUCGCAUCCUGACCGGCAUGCUGAGAAGCAGAAGAAAGAAAGUCACACACAUCUGGGAUGGCGUAAGGGUGAGAUCAUUCAGAAUCGUGUCCUGGUCUUCAUCCUGGGUGCCAUCAUCCUCCUCACCAUAGUCUUGGCCAUCUAUUUCAAUUUGCGAGGGCACUGAUCUCCACUGACUGGCCCUAUGCGUGCUUGCGUGAGUGUGUACGAGCGUGUGUGUAAGAUUAAUAGUGACAAAAGCGUUGGGCUAGAGUAAUUAGGACAAAUUGUUCACAUGAAUCAUUCCUGGUGGGCAGUGACAGGGAGCCUCUCCUCUCUGCUCCCGAGCGGAGCGGGGCCAUGCCUACCCUCUCUCCCUUCAUAUUUAUACUACAUCUAUUACUUUUAAAACCCUUGUAUGGUAUCUACACAUGACUGACCAACCCAUAGAGAAGCCUGCAUGUACGUGUGGACAACAGGACCAUGAUGGAAGUAUGAGAACAACAGAUGGAUAAAGAUUAGGAAGAUGAACCGUACACAAUGCAUGUCAUAACCUGCUGUUUUACUGUAAAGUAGUUCACCCCAAAAUUUAAAUUCUGUCAUCAUUUACUCACCCUCAUAUUUUUCUAAACCAGUAUGACUUACUUUCUUCCGUCAAACUUAAAAGGAGGAAUGUUGAAGAAUGUACUAAUGUCCCCAAAGAAUGGGGACUGGAGUAUGAUUAAAAAAAUGUUAGAUACUUUUUGAGACUUUUAUUGCGCUUUUGCACCAUGUUUAAAGCCCCGUUCUUUGUAAUUGCAUGGAAAAACAUCUAGUACAUUCUUCAAAAUGUCUCCUUUUGUCUGCCUUUGAGAAAGACAGUCAUACAGGUUUGGGUGAGUAAAUGAUGAAUUUAAUAUAUGGGUGAACUAUUAUUUUAUUAUAUUGUUUAAAUGUUUAUUUGUUUUUGUUUUUGGCGGCAAAGGGUUUAGGGGGCGUCAGAGCUGAAAGCUGAUGUAUAUUAGUAAAAUACCAUCCUUCAGGUAUGUGUGUGAUGGAGACGUACACAAGGCAAGGCCCCUGGUGCAGUACCAUUUAGCACACGGUGCAGAAUCACACACACUACACACAGCUCAAAGGUCACACGCCCGUCUCUCAGUCCCCCUUUAUCCAGGAUUAGUAGCUACUCACGCUGUUCCUCUAAGGUCAGCGAAGACCUCGCAUGUGUUUAGUUAAACCAGCAGGACUGCUUUGAACAAGAAAACAUCCGUGUCCACUCUUACCUUUACUAAUCAAAUCUGACAGCAUGAUAUUAACUGAAGUCAAUUGUACUAAUAAGAAUUGUGUUAUGUAUUUAUUCGUCUUGUUUCAGAUGGUUGAUUGUAUUGUAUUUUUCGCUGUUUUUCUUUUUCAAUUUAUCUGGAAUUUAUUUUAGCAAUUGGUGUAUGACAUUAAAAUAAUUUCAUUUGUCUAUACUGUAAAAAUCAUCUGAGUGUGUUGCAAAUGUGUAUCAUUAUUCCUAAAGGGGGACCAACUAGCAAGCAUCAGUAUGAAAAUAUUCAAAAUUUAGAGUUUGCGCCAGGCUUUCACCUGCUGUUUGGGUAUUAGCAUAUAAGAAAUCUGGGAAAGAUGACUAUGUACUUAUUGUACAGUUAAUUUCAGUUAGUGUAUCAUAUGUGUGUGAGGAUCUGUGUGUGUGUUUUCAUAAAUGUAUGUGUGCAUCUUUAUACUCUUUGGCUCUGUUCCAAAACUUAGCUGCCUUGCAGCUUAAUUUUUACAUAGGCAACUGUCUUCUAAGGGAGCGUUCACACAAAAUGCAUUUUUGCAAAAAUGCAAAAUGCUGUUUUUUAUGUUUUUAUAUGUAAACAUGCACUAGAUGGACAUCUUUGCCCAUUGUGCCACUUAUUGCUGUUCAGUGUCUUAAAUUUAGCACUGAAUUUUUAUGACAUUUUGUCAAGUUAAAAUAACUUCUACUUUUAAAAGACACUUGAGAUCUUGAGACACUUGCAUUCUGUUCCAUUUGUUACAUCAAGCUUUUUUUAAUAUAAGAGCACUUUAUAACUGGAAUUCCCCUUAAGCAACACCCUAACAUGAAAGUGAUUGAUUUGGAAUGCUCUUUAUUAGCAAACCUGUGCAUCAUACAAAUAGCACUCCCGUCAGCCAGAGACAGACCACUUAUAUUAAAAUGAAAUUGGAACACACAAUAUGGCGGGUGUAGAAAAGGAAGUCUCGCCUUACAGGUUAAAUAAUCAAUCACCUUUUAGAUACAGACAUCGCCUGUCAGUUAGCUCCAGAACAUGCAUGCGCAUUAUCUGGACCAGUCUGAAAAAGCUAAAGAAGCACAAUUUAUGAUACCAUUUUUUUUAUUUCUUUAUUUUUUUAUUGUACUGCUGAUUUGAAAUAUGUUAUUUGAUUGUAAUCUUGACCAACCGUUUUGGAGAUUUCAAGUAGAUAUGAGCUGUACUUCUAUGCCGCUUGUUUACAUAAAAAAAAAUAGCUUCCCUGGAGAGUUUCCAAGAUGGCCGCUGAGUGGACUGACUUGCCUUGAAAGUAACUUUGGCUUGUUAGCAUGUUGCUAAAGUUAAGAUAAAGUUGCAAAACCGUAAGACCCCAUUUACACCUGGUAUCAAGAUGCAUCCCAGGUGAUCCGAUCACAUGCUCAGGCAAGACUCGUCGCUUUUUACACCUGGUCACUCAGAAGCAUCUCGCUUUUGUUUGGAUUUCGAGGGGAGGUUAUCUGAUUUCAUACAUCAAUCACUAUGUCAGUGUGUUACUGCAUGGUAAUAAACUGUAAAAAGGAAAAUUAGAAUAAAACAGGCACGCUGUUUCUCCAAAAUGUAGUUGAAAUGUAAUCUUAGCACAAACGCAACAUUUCGAGCAGAAUUCUCAGAAGGAGAUUCAGAUGUUCAUGCUUCUCAUCUGUUUCGCUGAAUGUUGAUAUCAGACACACUGAAGAAGAUCCAUGUAGUUCUCGUGCUUGUGUAUGUAUUCGCUUUUUUCGAAUUUUUCGUUUACAAGCCGUUUGUAACUGGCAAAGUUUAAACUCUUGUUUUAGUUGAUUGACAGGUGAGGGGUGGCGCUUCACUGCAGUCCGGGACGCAUUCAGGAUGGAUUAGCAUUUACACCUCAAAUGCAAUAUGGUCAAUAUGGUCCUGAAAUGCAUCUUAAUACCAGAUGGAAACGGGGUCUAAAAAGAUUUUAAAAACAUAUUCCAUAUUUUAAAAUAAAAAAAUUAUCAAUACAUUUCCUUUGAUAUUAGAGGUUUCCUCCUCUGCAAAGGAUAUAUGCGAUGUUGUCAUAGAAUUUGGCCAAAAGUAGAUAUCUUACAUUUUACCCUUUGGAACAACCUUUGUGUAAUGACCAAACCAAUUACAUAAAAUGCUGCCUAUGUAGGCAGCUCACUAGCUUUUGGAACAGAGCCUCAUUCUGCAAGUCUGCAGUGAUUAACACACGCCCGCCAUCUCUUUCUGUCACCCCACGCACAAUACCCCUGUCACUCGUGACGCAUACACACACACCUUGGCUGGUCGAGGUGCCUGACGGACAGACGGACCGUCAGACAGACAGGCAGAAGUCAUUUGAUAUUCUGUUUCAGGCCGGGUGGAUUGUCUUAUUUUGGAAGCAGCCUGGUGGGGGGUUUUCUCUGACUCUGCUUCACAGCUACGGCUUCAAAGCACCAAAUUAAUAGCCAACAAAAUAGUGCGUCUCUGCGUAUCCCAUGUGGGCUCAACCUAUUGAGAGUUAUCAUUAAGUUGAGGAAGAAAGAGAAGGGACGAGGGGGAGCUGAAUCCUGCCAGUUUAACCAACCUCAUCAGAUAAUGGCCUCUGUAAUUGGGUUUUGCAUCAAACAGCGUAUAGAAAGCACGUGUGCACAUUUAAGUGUGAUAGUGAUGAGAUUUGUCCUUGUUUUGCUCAUGUGUGCUGGGGACAGCUUGAGCAAUGGCACAGCUCUACAUUGCUUUCCUGCACCUGCGCAUGUAUAUGUGAGACAUCAGUUGGCUGUUCGUGUAAUGACUUGGAUGUGUGUUAGUGUGUUUUGCUGGCUCAGUCUGUGUAUAUAUGUGUGUGUGUGUGUGUGUGUGUGUGUUAUCUGUCUCGCUCUCCCUCUCCCUCACUCUGUCUCUCUCUACUCGGGCCUGUCAGAUCCUCUCAGCAGAGUGUGGCUGGUGGAAAAGCAGCGUGGCUGCGGUUCUAUUUGAAGUUGUAAUGGUGUCAAAAAGUCAGUGCUGACUGACAGCCGUCAGUCCCACUGGGGCUCAUUAAAUCAUAACAACUUGACAAGGAAAUAAUUGAGCACUGACGAUAAGUUGGGGCCCAUUUAGAUGUUUUUAUUUUCUUUCAUUUUUAGUUGUGGCUAUUACGUUCAUUAAGAAAUUGCAUUAAACAGCCG